AUGCGCCCUCUGCCCCGGCGCUCGCUGUCCCAGCGCCGCUGUGGUCCAGAGGACGCCCAGAGGUGGGCAGCUCCGGGCUUCGUCCGUUCUGAGGCACCAUCACGCCCCCAGGAGCUGGCCUGGUUCUGCUCUGGCAUCUGUUCCUCACCAGUGGUGUCGCCUCAGAGGACCACGAAACAACAGCAGCGGUUUCAGCCGCCGCUCGCCAAGUGA